CGCUCGCGCCCCGACUUCCUGAGGGCGGGCGGGCUGAACAUGGCGCCGGGCGGCUGGCGCCAGGGGCGGCAGCUCCUCCGCUCUCUGCUCCUCGGAGCGCUCCUGGGUCCCGCCGCCUGCUUUUCUUCCUCCCUCUACAGCCUCGGCGAGCCGCGGAGCAGCGUGCGAGUGCUGUGCGGCUCCAACUGGAGCCUGGUGUUGCAGGGCCAGUGGAUGUUGGAGUUUUAUGCUCCUUGGUGUCCAGCUUGUCAGCAGAUUGAGGCAACCUGGGAAAGCUUUGCAAAGGAGAGCGAACGGCUUGGGAUCACUGUUGGAAAAGUGGAUGUCACUCAAGAACCAGGCUUGAGUGGUCGUUUCUUUGUCACAACACUUCCUACAAUUUACCAUGCCAAUGAUGGAGUGUUCCGCAGAUACCGCGGCUCGCGGACAUUGGAAGAUCUUCAAGGUUACAUCUUAGAGAGGAAAUGGGAAGCUGUGGAGCCUGUAGCAGGAUGGAAGUCUCCAUCUUCUAUAAUGAUGCAUGGCAUGGCAGGGCUGUUUCACUUCUCUGGAUGGAUCAGGCAAAUUCAUAACUACCUCACUGGCACUCUUGGACUUCAUGUUUGGAUGUCCUAUGCCGUUUUCAUCUUAGCUACCUUACUGAUUGGCCUGUUCCUGGGUUUGAUCCUGGUUUUGAUUUCAGACUGCCUCUGCCCUGCCAAGUCAAAAUACAGAGCUGAAACACCUGAAGAAGCAAUUACCAAGGAUAAUGUGGAGAACGCGGCGUUGGAAGAGCCGGAGGAGGCUGCAGAGCUUUCCGUGGAUGAUGCAGAAGAGGCUGCAGAUGUGAAAGAUGUCUCAGAGGGAGAAGAUGCAGCAAAUUCAAGUGCUGAUGAGUCGGAGGAGGAUUUCGCACUUGGAAAAGAAUCAGGGGAAGAAGAAAUGGAAGACUUAAGUGAACAACCUUUAGCUGAAUCAGAGACUGAAAGCACAGUGAGACAGCGGAAAAGUCAGGGGGCUGAGAAGGAAUUAUAGUUUUCCCAGUGGUGUAUUUUGUACACUUGGACCAAAGAUGUGUCAGACCCCUUCAGGGUCUGAAGCUGGAGCUUACACUUGAUAUGUCGUUGGUGUUUACGCAAAACCUCUGCUCUGCCAGCAGGCUCCUCUUUUUUUAAGCUUAGUACUUGCUUACUUUCUUUGAUAAGCACAUCUGCUGUAUGUUGUGUGACUUUAGCCRUGACAAUCAAAAUCAGUGUCUUAUCUGUUCCAUGUCCUCUCAGAAAGAAAGAGGGUGUCAGCCUCAGUUCACCAGCUAUGAAAUGGUCAUUGUGUCCCUCUAAGGACUGACCUGGGAAAGAUCAGGACUUCUAACUCCACAAUAGCUUGGCAGGACUGUGACUUWUCUGUCUGAAUGUUGAUUGUUCCCAAAUGCCACAGAAGCACAGAGACUAGUGAAAGGAGGCACCUUACUGGUCUUCUAUCAAAAAUGUUUUGUACCAUGGGUUUGUUUUUAUCACUUUCAACAGAAGCACCUUUCUCUUCMAUUUUCAUUUGUGUUUUGAUCCUGCAGCUCACCCCUGGAUGUGUCAGUUUUUGGUGAUCCGGAGGCUGUGCAGUUUGAGCUUGUCAGCUGAGUUGUGUGACCCAAGGAGUUGGAAUAAUUGAAAACCUCAGACAGAAAGAGAGUGGUAGUUAAAAGUUUAAAAUGCAUUGGAACUUUUAAAAGGUUUCAAGGAAAUUAUUUUGGUCAGGAGGAAUUUUUGCCAAAGCAUGACUACUUUUUCUUUUUUUUUUAAAUUCGUUCCCAUCUGGAGAUUGUAGCAGGAAAUAUCUACUUUGUAGUCAGUAAGUUGUAUAUUUCUUGCCAGUACAAGCUUGUCAUAUGCAGUGCAGUUCUGCCAUUUCCAACUUGGAAUGYUUCUGGCAGAACUCAAGCUGCUUUAGUAAUGUUAUCUGAAGAGGCACUUAGGGUUUUCACUUUGAUCACUUUUUAGCUUUUGGAGUCAUCACAUUGGGGAAAGAGAAGGGCACAGGUGGGUAAUGGGAAGAAGCUUUUGGUUUUGCUACUUAUAUCAGAAUAAAWGUGUGUGUGUUGAACUGUGUAAAGUGAAAAUGGCUCACCAGGUAGACAGCAUUAGGUGUGGGUAGACUUGGGUCAUGAAACAUAUCAGUGUAUCACUCCUUUGGGUUAGUCUUUUUUGGUAAGAAUUAUCUUCAGUGAGAUUUUGUAUGUUCUGCUUUGUUGAUGUGUGACCAUGAGCGUAAGAUGUGUCCUAUUCUUGAUACUAUUUUAAAAUAUAUAAAUAUAUAUAUUGCAUAAAUCUGCUAACAUGCAUGAAUUUCAUCUUGUUCUUCAAGAAUGAAGAGUAGUCAGAGAUGAGAUUCUCUCUCAUUCGAAGAGACAAGUUGCAAGUGCAAAAUGCUGGUUUCCUUUGAGACUAGAUUAAUAGAGCCAAUUUGCAUUGAAAGCUGUUGUGUUGGUUUUUUUUAAUGCUCAUAAAGACCAUACUUGCUAAGAAAGCUCAACUGUCCCAUCUAUGUCCUGUUGCAUACUAUGUUUGGAACUGUAUGGUAGAAACAUUGCAUUUUUCUGUUAGAGCUUCUCAAAGGAGAAGAUUAUACGGCAUAUCCUGAAUAUGAAAUUUUUUAGGGAAUGCUCCCAGUCUGGAGCUUGGGUUCCAUAUAGUGGACAGCUAUAAAUGUGCUCUCACAUAGGUGAAUAUAGACAUGAUAUCUAUACAUUGCACUAUUUUGAGAACAGUUUGUGUUGUUUGGGUGUUGUCCCAUGUAACUGAACAAUUGUAAAGCUGGCAGGCAGCAGAACUUGGCAGUAGUUGAGGUACACAGCAGCUUUUUAAAAGCUGAAGUUUUAUCUGCAAAACUAAGAUAACUCUGUGGCCACAGCAGUCUGAAGGGAAGAACUGUACAUGUAAAAGAUGAAAAGGUGUUCUCACAAGAAUUGGGUUUCCCUUCAGUGUCUUUGGAUUUCACAAGCAAACAAACCCACUUUGUCCUGCAAGCCACGUGAGUUGUGAGAUGCUGUGGGAGAGAUCAKAAGCCUCUUUGUGUGGUGUGUCAGAAAUCUCUGCUUACAUUUCCUCUGUUGUUGCAUGUAACAGUUGGGUCUGGAUUAUUUAAACUGAAGAUAGGAAGUGUUUUCCUUCAUAAUAGACUGAAAUGUAAGAAUAUUUAUGAGCAGGCAGCAAGUGACAGCAGUUUAGAUCUGUCUUGUGAAUCUGGAAAUGAGCUUAGUCAGGCUUCUAASGGUUCUUGAACAUAGGAUAUACAUUGUUAUUCCUGUGUUUUCGUGAAUAAAUAGGGAAUGUUGAUACUGACUGGGUCUGGCCAUAUUUGACACCUAUUGGUGUAUUUUAUUACAAAGGUCACUAAACUGUGAGUAAGGCUUUGCGUGGGAAAGGUGAUACUGUGCAACCACUGAUCUCUCCAAUUUAAUUUUACAUUUGUAGGAAAAUUAUUGUGGUACUGGACAUAGUCAGUUUUGACUAAUGUUUAUCUGGAAAACAGCAAGCAGCAAACACUGUAAAGGCUAAAUGUGUGUUUAACAGAAAAACUAUUAGCUGUGCAGUAGAAGUGUCAUGUUAAUGUACCUUUUAGGAUCAGGGAUUUUUCCACUAAAACACAUUUUAAUUGAAUCGUGUGAGUAGUGCUAAUUAGACUAUUACAAUAGUAUUAAACUUGGUGUGUUUCCAAAAAGUCAGGAUCGACCUUUUGUGCAAUCUGGGUGUUUUGUUAUCUCUGUUCUGUUAGGAUUAAUCACAAAGAAAUUCAACUUGUUCUUGCAACUUCAGUAUAGACAAAAGGGCCUUGGAGAAGCUGCUGCUGGCACUGUUCAAAAUGUUUUGAUAAAGGACAGGGCCUUAAGGCUUGUGAACUAGAGCUGUGUGUCAAAAUUAAUUUAAGAUUGUUGAGAAGCAAUUUAAAUAUCAAUUGGGCUGCAURCCACUGGAAUGGGAAUGCUUAACAGCAAGUUAUUAAAAAAAUCCGGCAGGUUCCGUGUGAAGAAGUUGGAAAUCCAUCCAGCAUUCCAAAUCUCCUGUCCUUGGGAUCUGUGUGAAACUUGUAUGUCUGUCUUGGAGCGCUCAGUAUCUAUUGGCCCUGUGGGAGUGGCACAUGUUAUGUGGGUUUUCUUCCUGGAAAUGUUACACAGGGUUGUCUGUUACAUGAAAGUGUUGCAAAUUUAUACUUAUGCAUAUUUUUACUGAAAUGCCACAUAAAUUUUGUAUUUAUGACCUA